AUGUUAUUCAGAUAUCUUCUCGCGUUGGUGAUCCAACUCUGCUGGGUUGCUCUCGGGUUUGCCCACGCAGACGCGACAAUUACGAUCCCAUGGGUCACCAAUGCACCCGAUUACUUCAACGGCUAUGGAGGCAAGGCACUAGGCGCUAAAGAUGCAACAACAACCUACGGAAUCAACUGUCUCUCGGACCAAACAGCCUGUCACAGAUUUACCCCAGAUCUGACUGUUAUCUAUGGACCUAGCACAUAUGACAUGAUUGCCAACGGCUACAAAUUCGACUUCACCUCAGGUUGCACGCUUAUGGGUUCUCCGACACCUACAGGCGCGUCUUGCACAGAAACAAAAUCCUUGCAUGAGACUAGCGCUGUCACCUCGGCCACAGUGCUUGUUCCAGCCACGGGCGACGAUUCCGCUCUCGGGAUUUUCCCAGCAACCUUGAUUGUGACAGAUACUGGAGACUUCCCCGCGCCUGCUACCGCGACUGAAACCGAAGCUUCUGGCGAUUCUCAUGUUUCAACUAGUGACACGAGUUCGAAUGCGCCCGCGACCGCGACUGCGACAAUUACUGGCCUUGGCUCCGCCUCCGUUGGGUCCCCAAAUUCGACUGCCAUGAUAACUGGUGUCCCAACUUAUUUCGGUAAUGGAACUUCGCCGGCUGACAAGAACGGCACGACAGUGACGGUGACUGUUCUUGCCAGCUCUAUUCCGUGCCAUUGUAAAUGUGACUGCGGAGAAAACCAGACCGCCAUUGCCACCGUCACUAUUCCAAUAGGGGCAAAAAAUCACGGAGUCAAGAAAGUUGCGCCCGUGGCGUUGAUGUGUGGAAUCGUAGCUAGUGCUAUGUUCUGGAUUUGA